AUGCCACAUGACGUCAUGCGCGAUCGGCUUACCGCCAGUGCCUUUUCCACUUUGGGAAAGCUUGUUGCCAUCCGCAAAGUGCAGUGUGCCCUCGCUUAUUCUGGUUUCCACGCCGGGCAAGGACCGGGAGCGCGCUGUAUCGACGGCACUUACCGUGGGCCUUUUGACCCGAACGGAUGA